GAAGAAGUAAAAGUUGAUAGAGUUGUUUGCUCUUUAUUUUUAUUGUUUUUGGUUUAUUUUAUAUCCCGUCUUUUCUCCACGGUCCCCCCUCCAUCGUUUUAGGCUGGAAUCCUAAUAGUGUCUACUCAGAAGUUAAAUCCUAUAACAUUCAACAGUGCUUACUCCCAGAUAGAACAUGAUAGCUUCCUAAAGCUGAUAUGAAUCCCACAACACAUGUUGAACCACAGCCCUCCACCAACGCCACACAGAAGAGCAUCCACAUCCUUGUGGGUGUAACUGGAAGUGUGGCUGCUUUAAAGUUGCCACUUCUUGUGUUGGAGCUUCUAAAGAUACCUGACGUGGAAGUGCUGGUGGUGACUACAGAGAAUGCAAAGCACUUCUACAACCCUCAGGAGAUCCCUGUCACCCUCUACAGCGAUUCCGAUGAGUGGCAGGUGUGGAAAAGGCGUUCAGACCCUGUUCUCCAUAUCGACCUGAGGCGCUGGGCUGACCUUAUGCUGGUGGCUCCUCUGGAUGCAAACACCCUGGCCAAAAUUGCCAACGGUCUCUGUGAUAACUUACUGACAAGCGAUCCACAUGGCAAGAGAGGCUUCCCAAUGCUUUGCCUGCCUUUGCAGACGUGUGUCAUCCGCGCCUGGGAACUGAGCAAGCCGCUGCUCUUCUGUCCUGCCAUGAACACAGCCAUGUGGGAGCACCCCAUCACUGCUCAGCAGGUGGGGCGGCUCAAGAGCUUUGGCUACGUGGAGAUUCCUUGCAUUGUGAAGAAACUGAUUUGUGGAGAUGAAGGUCGUGGUGCCAUGGCAGAAGUGCCAACCAUUGUUGGGAAAGUAAAAGCGAUUCUGUUGGAGCGGGGCCUGUCAGUGCAGAGCUGAUCCCUAGAACUGGACAGCAUUUCCUCCUCUACCUCUUGGACAGUCAGCCAUGGGGCUACGAAGGCAGAAAGACCAGACAAGGAACGUGAAGACCACAAAGACUGGAUCCAGUCCUUACCAGCUGCUCUGACUUAGCACAAUUGGAGACCUCCUGGGCUUGAACUUCAAAGAGUGAACAGUUUUGGUAGAGGAUGAUCUGUAAUCCCUUUUGUGCAACCUCAGUGCUUGUUCCAGCCUGAAGAGGGAGUUGUAAACCUGUGUUGUGCUGGACAGUUUUGGUGGUGAGUUUUCCAGAGCCUGUCGAUAAGGGCUUGAGAAGAGGAUGAUGUAAAGAUGUGUCAGGUUCAGGCAGGGGGCGCUGUGGCUAUCCAAGUCAAACUGCAUUCUUUAGUAGGUAGAUUACAGAUCACAACACAUGCACCAGCCCUCUGGCCUCCUGCUGUGCUGUGAGUUUUUCUCACUUGCUGCCAGAGCCAUAGUUCGAGUUUAUGAUCAGGGUCAUGUGAGCAUGCCCAUUACCAUAAAGGAAACAGCAGCAAUGACUUGGGACCAAAGCCCAGUAUUUUGCACAUAUGUUUCCUGAUUGUCUCUUAAUGUUAAGGUUUGUGUGGGCAUGCUCGCUUCCAUAAGGACUGGGGCCCUAGGAAGCAUUAUGUGUACAUGACCCCUGGUUGUGGGGCGUGGAAGAGGAGAGUUGAUAGUGGCCAACGCAACAGUUUCAUUGACCAAUAGAAAACUGUCAACCAUUGUGGCUUUUCCUUUGCAGAUAGGAGAGGGGUCCCAUAGGAAGUCAAGGGAGCAGCUAUGAAGGUUCAGAAAUAUUUCUUGGGGGUAGCCUUUGCACCUGGGAUUUUACAGAGGAUUAGAGUGGGGCUAUUUUACAACUUCCCUGGGGGGUAGGUUUCCACCAGGAAGGCUGGUCAGGGGCCCUUCUUCCUUUACCCUUUGCUCUUCCCGUGGCUGCUGAUGCUCAGGAAUGCUGACAUCAAAGAGCAGCAAAGAGAACCCUCUGCAUGAGAGGCCUCCUCAGGUCCAGCUACUGGUGUGUGGUGUUCUCUGCAUGCUUAAUAGAGGAUGGGGCUGGGCUGGGAAAGUCUUUGCUGAGAAACAGGCUAAUUUUUUUGAAAACGUCCACAAUUGAAGAUUAACAGCUUAUUACACAAGAGCUGGGGAAAUGACCUCUGCCAUCCAGGACUGGAUUACGGACCUAGGCCUGCCCCUGUUCCUUUGAUCCCUGCCCCGUGGGCAAAUGUCAGAGUGGUUCAGUGGGCCAUCUGGUUGGAUGAGUGACCUGUCACAUAAACACAGCAGAGUUUGCUCAUAUGUCCUUAGAGUGCAUUUACAACAAAAAAUCAGGUUUUGCACAAGCUGGGGUGUUUGGUACAAAAUGUGCCUACGGCGUGCGAGCAACCUUUGAACUGUUAGGCUUAAGGGGAACAUUGAAUCCUUACCAAUUUCCUACAGAUGAAAAGCCCUCUGAACAUUUUCCACUUUGUCACAGGGCUGCUACAGCCUGUGUGCAGAUUGAGGGCUGGUGUUGAGGUCAUGAGGUCUCCCGUAGGUCCUCCUCUGACGGUUCUUUUCUGAGUCUCUGGUUCCUCAAGUUGAAAGGAUCUUGGCAGGCCGGUUGGCAGACUCCAUGCCAUUAAGCAUUGCUUCUCAGGCUGUUGACAGCUGAAUAAAGGAGGGGAUUCCAGGGGGAAAGCAUUAUUUAUCCCAAAGCACACCGUGCCCCCUUUUCUCUCUACCAGUUGAAAGCAGCCGGAAGGGUUGAAUCCCUGACAGAGGGCCUUCACUGAUCCAUGUUGGAUUUGUGGGGGCGAAAGCCUCACCACUCCCCCAUCAUCUCUCCCCCAUGCGGGGAGUUGGCUGCUUGUGAAGAGCCGCCGCCACGUUGUCUUGCUGGUUGUUCCCUGCAUUUUAUUCUAAGAAGAGGACCAGAGAUGGCCUGUUCUGUUCUAUUUCUAAUGCAGCUUUUGGAUUAAUUAAUUUUUAUUUCUUUAACAUGACUUACAUAAACCUUCAGUACCACUCCCUAUAUAUGCAUAUGUGUGUGUGUAUAUUAUUUUAUGUAUUUUAAUUGCAUUUUAUGUAUUUUAAUUUAUUCUAAUGUUUUUGUGAUUUUUAUUGUGUACAGUUUUAUUAUGUACGUGCUCCAUUUUAUUGUAAGCCGCCCUGAGUGCCCUAUUAUAGGGUAGAAGGGCGGGAUAGAAAUACUUUAA